UAUUGUUUGAGAUUCCCGCCGUUCCAAAUCUGGACAUGAAACAAGACGGCUUAUACUCAGAUGCACAACAUCUCUUAUUUCGGGCAUGUAUGAUACUUGUUCUCUCUCGAGGGACCCGAGUUUAAGUUUCCAUCAUCUUCGGCAACAACGCGGCCAAGCAGACUUUGCCCCCCCUCCUCCGCCGCAUCCCUUGCUUCGAAGUGGAACAUUGAGUUGAUGGGAUUAAUUACCCCAACCUGCCCUCUCGAUCUGUUUCCGUGGACGACAUCAUCAGACGGAGCCGUAACAGCAUGGCUUCCUCUCCGUGCCUCAGGCGCCGCAUCUCCUCGCCGCUCGAGGCCGGCCACUCCGUUGCCGACGGUCAUCAGCUUCCAACUAACGUCAGCGAUGCUCUCGAGUACGCAUCCAAGCGUUUGGGGAGGAAAGCGGCGCAUAUCACACUGUUGGUUGUCCGUCGGGACUACCAGCUGCCCACCGCGCCCUGGUCUGCUCCAGCACAGGGCCCUGCAUCACCGCCUGCGUCCGUCUCAUCCCGGAUAGACGCCCUGAAACAACUUCUCCGGCCAACAAAUUCCGGGGAAGACCAGAUUCGAGAGAGAAUCCUCCACGUACACCUGGAUCACUUCCGCAAUGGGACCUUAUCGCCCGCUUUCAGCGAGGCAUCGACGACCUCAACUGUCUCGUCCGUCGCCACCACCGACUCAACGUUCAGUCAUCGCCGGUGGCCAGGCAGCCCAGCGAUAUACGGCAGUGUGCCCGUAACACCUGCCACCCCGUUUACCACCGUGUGCUCGCUAUCGGGAGCAUCUGAAAUGGGCAGGGGGACAGUGUCAGGUGCUGGCCAGUUCGGCAUCAAGCUUGUUUAUGCCCAUCCCCUAGGUCCUCGUGAAGAGAAGACGCUCUCGCAGACGCUGGAUAAGGCGGCAAAGAAAUUCAAAUUAGACCCCAUUUGGCUCCCCCAACCCGUAUCUCCCUCCACCCUCGGCUUGCCCGUGGAUUUGGUCUGGAACUCAACCACGCAAAAUGAGGCCCUCUUCUCAUCAGAGCACCUCACAGUCCUCUCACUCGACCGCUUGUACACGUUGCGCACCGCCCUCCAAGCUUACGCGACCACGCAAACGCUGAGUCGCCUCGAGGAUGCCGUUGACGAGCUGCGUCGCGUGUUUCUUGCCAACGGGCGACGUCCCUUGCGCAAGAGCGCUCUGCUGGCCGCAUACCGCUGGCUCAGCCCUGUUAGCGACGCGGCUCUGGCCGAUGUCUGCCAUAUGUAUGAACGGGCAUACGGAGGCGUCGAGCGGGACAGUGGCGUGGAGGAUGAUAUUGGUCCCAUUGCGGCCUGGCCACUUGCUGAGCGCAGCCAGGGCGAUGGAGAACCAACGGCGAGGAUGGAAAUGGCGAUUCCAGACCGCCGGAACGGACAUUGCCAACAAAAACCACCAUACCGGCGACCAGAAACACCACCCCGGUUGGAGACACCCGCUCCCGACCACGAAUCAAGGGACCUCGACAAGGAAAUCCUCCUCUCCGCCUGCGAACCCAACCUAGACGAUCAUUCCGACCUCGACGCAGUCGAAACGUGGUAUCGUCGGGUACACGUCGGUCAGAUCGACCCGCUACGCUCCCAUCCUGCUCUAGUUGAAAUCAUGCCCCCUUCCCCAUCGCCGACACCACCGCCACCUCCGCCUAAGUCACCUCCUUAUGCCCCCCGACAGCAGCGCCCUGUCGACAAUGAAAUCCAUGUCACGCUCCGCGUAGCAAGCACGAGCCCCAAAUUACAACCCGCACCCCCGGGCCGGGCCCUCGCCCUGAAACUCCAAACGACCUUUGACCGCGCCCAGACCGCAAAGCAACAAGACCCCAACACCCAGGCUCAAGGCACUGCGGAGGAGGAAGAGGAGGACCUCACAGCCCGCCCAACCAGCGCGAUCAAGACAGGCCCUGACCCCCACAUCGUCCCUUUGUCGGUUUCCUUUCCCUUCCCCUCCGCCAAUCCUACCCCUGCCGAAAUCCACAACCAAAGCCAGGGCAAGCCUUCACACUGGAGCAGAACCAGAAUCAGCGGCGGCAAAGGAGGAAGCAACGGGGGCACGUCAAUUGACGGGAUGCUGCUGCACGGUUGUGGGCAGCAGCAGGGCCAUGAAGAGGCGGAGACCGAGGCGGACGAAAGAGUCGAACGGGUCGGGCCGAUGACGCCGAAUGGGUACGACGACAUUUCGCCCGUCACAAGAGGCGAGUGGGGGUUUCUGAUGGGGGAGGGGUUGAUUGGGAGGGUUGCUAGAGUCGAGACGUGCUGAUGGUGGGUUGCUCGUGUUGAUGUGAUAUACCAGACUGGACAUGCAUGGCAUGCCGAGAUGGUUUUCGGCGCUUGUACAUAGUUUUGCGGUCCACCCCUUCCUUUCCAGG